AUGCCCGUCGUCAAGGGAGGAGUCUGGACCAAUAUCGAGGAUGAGAUCGUCAAGGUCGCCGUCUCCAAGUACGGCCUGAACCAAUGGGCGCGCGUUUCCUCCCUGCUCGCCCGCAAAACACCGAAGCAAUGCAAGGCCCGCUGGAACGAGUGGCUGGACCCCAGCAUCCGAAAGAUCGAGUGGUCCAAGGAGGAGGAUGAGAAGCUGCUGCACCUCGCCAAGCUGAUGCCCACGCAAUGGCGCACCAUUGCCCCCAUCGUCGGUCGGACCGCCACCCAGUGCUUGGAGCGCUACCAGAAGCUUCUUGAUGAGGCUGAGGCAAAGGAGGAUGACGAACUCGCUCUGGGCGGUCCCGAAGGAGGAGAGACGGCCGCCCCCAGCGCCGACGACGUCAGGAGAUUACGCCCUGGCGAGCUCGACCCCGAUCCCGAAUCCAAACCCGCGCGCCCUGAUACCAUCGACCUCGAUGAGGAUGAGAAGGAGAUGCUCAGUGAGGCGCGUGCGCGCCUUGCCAACACCCAGGGCAAGAAAGCGAAGCGCAAGGCUCGGGAGCGUCAACUUGAGGAAUCGCGUCGCUUGGCCGUAUUGCAGAAGCGCCGUGAGCUCAAGAAUGCCGGCAUCAACAUCAAGGUUACCACGGUCAAGAAGGGUCAGAUGGACUACAACGCCGACAUUCCGUUUGAGAAGGGUCCCGCAUCAGGCUUCUAUGAUACUAGGGAAGAGGAGGAGCGUAAUGAGAGGCAAAGGGAGGCUUUCGAUCCUAGGAAGCAGCAGCUGGCCAACAAGCGGAAAGCUGACCAGGCAGAUGAGGGCGAGGACAGGAAGAAGAGGAAGAACGACAAGAGUGGUGCGGCAGCAAUCUCGGCGGCGGCGCAGAAGGCGGCGCAAAUGCAGAAGAUCAGGGAGGCGGAACAAAGUAGCAAGCGGAGAGGCCUUGUCCUGCCAGCGCCGCAAGUCAGCGAGAACGAGUUGGAGGAGAUUGUGAAGAUGGGAAUGGUGGGCGAAAGAGCCAACCGGCUUGCAGGCAGCAGCGACAAUGAGGCCACGCGAGGUUUAAUCGGCAACUACGCGAACAUUGUUGGAAACACUCCGAUCCGCACCCCGAGAGCACCCCAAGAGGAAGACCACAUUGCCAACGAGAUCCGGAACGCGCGGGCCAGAACCGAGACUCAGUCAGCCCUCUUGGGUGGAGAGAACACUGAAAUGUACGAAGAGGGAACGACCGGGUUUGGAGGGGCCGCCCCGAGUAAGCAAACUGUGGCUACACCCAACCCGAUGGCCACUCCGUUCCGCCAGGGUGGCGUCGGAGCAACGCCCAUGCGCCAAGGACCCGGUGCAACUCCCAUGCGUACCCCAAGAGAUAAUUUCAGUCUGAACCGCGAGAACGGCAUGCAGCUAGUGGGACAGACUCCGCGUGAUAUCAAGCUGCAUGAGCGAGCCAUGCGGAACGACAUCAAGAGCAGAUUUGCGGCAUUGCCGAAGCCGAAGGAGACUGAUUGGGAACUCGAGUUACCCGAAGAGCAGCAGGAGCUUAUCAACGCCGAAAUGUCCGAGGAGGACGCUGCCAUCCGAGACCAGAGGAACAAAGAGAUCCGGGAGGCCAGAGAACGGAUCGAGUUUGCUAGUCAGACGCAAGCAUAUCAAAAGGCCCUCCCACGCCCCACGGCUGUAGACGUGAACGCCAUGUUGGCGAAGGCAUCUGCAGCUACGGAUCCGGUUGAGAAAGCAGUGCUGGAGGAGAUGACUGUUCUAAUUGCGAAUGAUGCGAAGCGAUUCGGCAAGGCAAAGGUCAGUGGCGCGGUGCAGGCCGUCGAGGCCUUUCAAAACGAGGCGCUGCAAAAUGCGCGGAUGGAAAUUGCUCGGGAGCUUUCCUUGGACAGGAAAGACACUGAGGAAUUUGAGAGGGCGUGGGAGCAGCUGCACGGGUCUUCUGUCUUGCCUGGGCUUGCAGGCUACGGCGAGGAUGAGAUCGACGAGCACCAGCUCAUGACUGAAGCUUUCGACAACAUCCAAGAAAAGAUCAUGGCCACCGCCCAGCAGGGUAAUAAGAUCGAGAAAAAGCUUGCGCUCCACCUUGGCGGGUACCAGAAGCGCGCAAAGACGUUGCGACAGAAAAUCGUGGAUGCAGCGGAGGCUUACGAAAAAACGAAGAUUGACCUGGACAGCUUCCGCACGCUGCAGAUCUCAGAAGAAGCGGCAAUUCCGCGGAGACUGGAUGCACUUAGGGAAGAAGUAUCGUUUGUCAGUCGCAGGGAGAGAGAGGCACAGGAAGCGUAUCGGUCUCUGAAGGGGGAGCUGGACAUGCUAGGGGAGGGCGUAAACGGAUACCAUUAG